CCUCCCAGAGUGCUAGGAUUACAGGCGUGAACCACUGCGCCCGGCCUCACUUGAGUCUGAUUGCUGCUAUUUAGUUGAGCAGACAUCAGCGUUCUUCCAUAGACAGGAGUAAAUAAAAUUAGAAGACAGGUGGGGGCGAGGGCAGGAUGUAGGGUGGCAAAGUUAGAGGGUAAAUGAGAAAAUGAUUUACCCCGAAGUCACACUGUUCUUAGGGGGGACACAGGGAGGGGCUGCGUGCUGGCUGAGUCUCGGGGCAUCAAAGUUCAGGGGCCUGGCAGAAGGAGAGAAACUGAAGCCAUGUUUGGUUAACAACUGUGUCAGAACAGCAAAAACCAAAACCUGUCCCAUUGGAAAGUCAGCUAACAAUAUCCGGAAUAAAAUUAAAUGGACCAUUGACAUUCAGGGACGUGAUCAUAGAAUUUUCCCGAGACGAGUGGGCAUGCCUGGACCCUGCCCAGAAGAAUUUGUACAGGGAUGUGAUGUUAGAGAACUUCAGAAACCUGUUCUCCCUGGGUCUUGUCAUCUCUAAGGCAGACCUGAUCCUCUGUCUUAAGCAAAGGAAAGAACCCUGGAGUGUGAAGAGACAUGAGACAGUAGCAAAAUACCGAGCUAUGUCUUCUCAUUUAACCCAACACCAUUUGCCAGAACAGGGCAUAAAUGUUUCAUUUCAAAAAAUGGUACUGAGAAGAUAUGGAAGCUGUGGCCUUGAGAAUUUAAACUUAAUGAGAGACUGGGAAAGUGUGGGUGAGUUGAAGGAGCAGAAAGGAUGUUAUAACGGAGUAAACCAAUAUUCAACAUCUGCCCACACCAACAUAUUACAGUGUAAUAAAUGUUUCAAUGUCUUCAAAAAAUUCUCAAAUGUAAAUAGAUAUAAGAUGAGACUUACUGUAGUGAAACCUUUUAAAUGUAAAGAAUGUGGAGAUGGCUUUAACCUAUGUUCACAUAUUAUUGAACAUAAGAACAUUCAUGAUGGAGAGAAACCUUACAAAUGUAAACAAUGUGGCAAAGUAUUUAAAUCUUGUUCAAGCCUUUCUAAUCAUGACACAAUUCACACUGGAGAGGAACCCAACAAAUGUGAAAAAUGUGAUCAAGCUUUUAACUGGCGGUCAUCCUUUACUAAACAUAAGAGAAUUCAGGCAAGGGAAAAACCCUACCUGUGUGAAGAAUGUGGCAAAACCUUUCAUUGCUCCUCAUACCUUUCUGCACACAAAAGAAUUCAUACUGGAGAGGAGACCCACAAAUGCUAUGAAUGUGGCAAAGCCUUUAAUCUGUUGUCAUGUCUUACUAAGCAUAAGAGAAUUCAUACUGGGGAGAAACCAUACAAAUGUGAAGAAUGUGGCGAAGUCUUUAAACAGUGUGCACAUCUUUAUGUGCAUAAAAGAAUUCAUACUGGACAUAAAACCUACAAAUGUGAAGAAUGUGGCAAAAUCUUUCACAUAUUUGAACGACUUAAUGUACAUAAAAGAAUUCAUAAUGGAGAGAAACCCUACAAAUGCGAUGAUUGUGGCAUAGCCUUUAAUCGGCUCUCACAUGUUACCAGGCAUAAAAGAAUUCAUGCUGGAGAGAAACCCUACAAAUGUCAAGAAUGUGGCAGAGCCUUUAAACUGUACUUAUACCUUACUUCAUAUAGUAGAAUUCAUACUGGAGAAAAAACGGACAAAUGUGAAGAAUGUGACAGAACCUUUCAACAGUACUCCUACCUUUCUCAGCAUAAAAGAGUUUGUACUGGAAAGAAACUCUACAAAUGUGAACAAUGUGACACAGCCUUUAAACCGUACUCAUAUCUCUCUGAACAUGGAAGAAUUCAUACUGAAGAGAAACCCUACAAAUGUAAAAGAUGUGACACAGCUUUUAAACGAUACUCUGACCUUUCUGAACAUAAAAGAAUUCAUAUUGGAGAGAAACCCUACAAAUGUGAUGAGUGUGGCAAAGCCUUUAAUCAGUUCUCGCAUCUUACUGAGCAUAAGAGAAUUCAUACUGGAGAGAAACCUUACAAAUGUGAAGAAUGUGGCAAAUCCUUUAAUCGGGUCUCAAAUCUCACUAUGCAUAAGAGAAUUCAUACCGGAGAGAAACCCUGCAAAUGUGAAGAAUGUGGCAAAGCCUUUUAUCGGUUCUCAAAUCUUACUACGCAUAAGAGAAUUCAUACUGGAGAGAAACCCUACAAAUGUGAAGAAUGUGGCAGAGCCUUUAAUCAGUUAUCAAAUCUUAUUAGGCAUAAGAGAAUUCAUACUGGAGAGAAACCCUACAAAUGUGAAGAAUGUGGCAAAGCCUUUAAUCGGGUCUCAAAUCUCACUAUGCAUAAGAUAAUUCAUACUGGAGAGAAACCCUGCAAAUGUGAAGAAUGUGGCAAAGCCUUUAAUCGGUUCUCAAAUCUUACUAUGCAUAAGAGAAUUCAUACUGGAGAGAAACCCUACAAAUGUGAAGAAUGUGGCAGAGCCUUUAAUCAGUUCUCAAGUCUUACUAGGCAUAACAGAAUUCAUACUGGAGAGAAACCCUACAAAUGUUACCGAGCCAUUAACCAGUACUGAUACCUUUUUGUACAUAAAGGAAUUUAUAUAUGAGGAAACUCUAGAAAUGUGAAGAAUGCAGCAAAGUCCUUAAAUAUUGCCCAAGGAUUUCCAAUCAUUAGAUAAUUCAUACAAGAGAGGAACCCUGCAAAUAUGAAGAUUGUUAAAAAGCUGUUACCUUAUUAUACAUGAGAAAAAAUUAUACAUUAGCAGAAUCCUAGAAUUGUAAACAAAGUGGGAGAGCCUUUAAUAACUUUAUCUAAAUAUUACAUAUUUCUCAAUGUCAGGCAGUCAUGUUGGGUAACCGUGAUAUAAAUGUAUAACUGUCAAACUAUCUUGCAAAAAGUAAAAGUCUUCGAAUGUAUGAGAGUAUAGUGGAAAAAAUAGUACAGCUUUAAAGAGUGGUGCAAUACAUACUUUUAUCACAGAUCUUAUUGAACAUAGGAUAAUUUAUACUUGAACAAAACCAACUAUCAAUUGCUCAAACUUUAAGGUCAUUGACUUUGGAGUGUAGAGAAACUCUACAAAUGUAGUAAAUGCUGAAAAACAUUUUGUUCAAAAAACACAUCUUGGAAAACACCAGAGUUUAUACUAAAAGAUAUUUUACAAAUGCCACAAUGUGAAUAAGUAUUUAAUAAAAAAUCAUGUAUAGAUCAACAUUAGAGGAUUUCUGGUAAAAAGAAAUAAGGCACCAAUAUACUCAGAAAUUACUCAAAAGUAGAGUGUUGGUUAUAGAGAAUAAUCCAAAAUUAAAAUAGGUAGAAAAUUUAUGUGUACAUAUGUUUAAAAGAAGUAGAUUCUUUUUUGCUUAGUUACAAUUACACUGAAAAUAUCAUUUUUUGCAUUAAAAAAUUUAGAUUUUUGAAAAUUAAAUAUCGAUGCAAAUUACUCAAUGCUAUACGUUCAUUAGAGAUUUUAUAAAAACGUCAAGUUUUGCUGCAUCAAGACUAUCAAAAGUUCUUUUUAUAUUAGGUGGGAAUUAUUAAUACAGUCUUGUAAAGCAUAUUAAGCCCACUGAAAUGUAUGAUGGGUGGAGAGUCUCACUGGGGAACCUCUGUAUGAUUUACUUGUAAGAGUGUUGUAAGUGAUGUCAGAGGUAGCCAUGCAGAGUAAUAUUCUUCUCCAUUAUAAUUGGAACCCCUUUGAAUUGUACAAGUAAAUUGUUUUAGCAAUUCCAUUAAGAUAACUUAGGUAAUAAAAUAUAUAUUUUGCAAUGCA